AAAUGUACCCAAAUGACGCGAGAGCAAGCAUUACUGGUCAUCUGUCAAAUGGUCGGGUGGACCGGGUAGGAAGAUGCCAGUGUGGUGGAUGUCCGGCGGCCUGAGUGAGGACUGGCCAGUAUGGGGGGGUGUGUAGGCACGGCCAGGGAAGGCUCGGCCUCCAGCCGCACGUCUUCUGGCCAGGGAUCCACUCCUGUCAGAGGUGGUACAUCAAUAGGAAAGAAUGUUCCUUUGCGGCACGAGAGGAUCAGAUGGAAGUCCGACAUGCCACUGACGGAGGGCCAGGUACGGAGCAAGCGGGACGAGUUUUGGGACACGGCUCCUGCCUUUGAGGGUCGUCAAGAGAUAUGGGACGCUCUCAAAGCAGCAGCACUGGCCAUUGAGAAUCAAGACUAUGACUUAGCGCAAGCUAUUAUUGAUGGAGCAAAUAUAACACUUCCUAACGGUGCCUUGACUGAUUGCUACGAUGAGCUGGGAACAAGGUAUCAGCUACCUGUUUAUUGCUUGUCCUACCCACUCAACAUCCUUCAACGAUCACCUGAUAAAGACGGUGAAAAUGAAGCAGAAGCAAGCGUGGAAGGAGAAGAGACUGUUCUUAAAGUGCGACUGUCCACUACCAGUAAAGAUGUGAAGCUGACUGUACGCUCAACAGAUUCCAUUGCCACAUCAAAAAGAAAACUUGAUAUUCAAGAGAGCCUGAAUGGUAGCCGUCAGCGUUGGUUUUAUGGUGGAAAACUGCUUGGUGACCGCUUGCUUGUGUGUGAGUGCAAUAUCGUACAUAAUUAUAUCGUCCAAGCCAUUAUUUCCGAGGACUUUAUAACAACUGUUGAUAGUUGAGGAUCUGAGGAGGAUUAUAAUUACAUAAUGUUGGGGAAAUGUUAUAUAUGUGAUAAUUGACGUGUCAUAACUAGUGAGUGAAUGAAGUCGGUGUGAUGCUCAUGGAUUAUUUUAUGGGAUAAUUUUAUUGUGGAAUUUUUUACCAAUCAGCUGAGGUAGUGCUAAAACUUAUCAUGAUUUAGUAUUAUAGUACUCUAAGCUGAGGAUAUACUUUUGACUGGUGAUGAAGCUUUGAUUUAAACAUUUAUAUUUCUUUAAUCUUGUGUUGGUAUAGUUUCCAACUUUGCCACUAGAAUGAUAGUGUAGAUUAUUAAGUUAUUCAAAUAUAAAUUGAAGGAUACAGAUUGUGUACAACAUUUGACAGUGAUUGUAAUGUGGCAACUGAUGUUCAAAGUUGUUGUUUUUGUAGGAAUUACUAAAAUGAACUUUGGUAGGAAUUAAGGCAUCCAAAGUGAUACUAAAUUAUUUAGUUAAAAAUAUUUAUGGUAAAAUGUAAAUUACCAAGUCAGUUUAUUUUCAUUGUCUAGAAAGUCAAGGAAAUUUAAGCACUGCGAGUUAUUUUACGAUUUGACACUAUGAACAUACAUUUUGUUCUUAGUUUUAACAAAAAAUAUGGACACAAAUUUUUCACCGAAUUACUUGUUAAGUUAUUUAUAGUGAUUUUUACAUGUGCUCACUUUAGGUUAGGUUUACAGUAUUUUAUUGUAUAAACACUGGUGAGCUUUGUGUGUCCAGCGUGAUAGGCCUUCCAGGUCACUUAUUUUGUAUUCUGGACGGAAUCUUGAUGCAAAGUGCAGCAUUUUAUCGUAGUGAAAUAGUUUUAUAAUUUGACCGGUGCAGGUUCUAUUUGCCCUGAAUCGCGUGUUGUUUAAUUUACUGAGCCAAGAUCUCUUGACUAUGUCAUACUUUUUGUGGCAUUAAAACUUAGGAAAUUAUUAAGUAGUUUUAGUGUUGUAAUGCACUAAAUUGGUUCAUCUUUGGAAGAGGUUUACUUUGUAGCUCAGCUUAUUGGUUUCUGUAUAUGAAUUGCUUGUCAGCAAUAGCAUUUAUAACAUUGGAAUCAUUCAGUGGUAUCUUAAAACUUAAGUAUUUAUCAAUUAUUAAUCAUCAUAGAUCUUGUAUUUAUCUAUACUUAUCACUGAAAAUUUAUCAACAGCUCAAAAUGCAUUUAUAUAUACAGUACUGUACUUCAAUUGUGAGUGAGGUAACAUGUGGGUGGGAUAACGAAUAGUUCUUGUUCAUGGAGCAGGAGGAAACUUGAGCAAGAUUGUUUUGAUUAGUAAGCCUCCAGAUUUUUCUUGAAUAUUCAUGUAUUUGGCAGAAAUAUCCUGCAUUUGUGUAUCUUAUCAUAGCAUGAGUUGUGGAAAAGUUGAAUAAUGUGCACAAAUCGAGACAAAAAGUAUCAUUAGUAUCAUCUGAACAUAAUUUGUUUCAGAAUGUAAUGCACUGUUGGCAUAGAUUUAAUUUAAACUGUGAUGUCUUCAGUAAUAAGUUGUGUUUGUUUUUUUAAGCAUUGUGGAAUAGAGUAGCAUAAAGGCAGGAAAUUCUACUGAGGGGGGUGGGGGGGGGAUUUAGAGUUAAUCACUAGCACUUUAAGUGGAUUGAUCAGAGACUAAGUUGCAGCUAACCUUUAUGCAGAAGAAAAUUCUAUUAACAUCUCGUUUUGAUAGUGGGAGUGUAGUACACAGUGAUGAUAAUACGUGUAUAUAGAAACCCCAAGAUGAAAGUAGACUUUAUUUGUAGAUAUUAUUAUAUGCUGAUAGUCUACUCUCAUCUUUGUGUAUCUAUAUUAUUUUGUUUUUAAAAGCUGUUUUCGUACACUUGUAGUUUUGUGGAUCACAUUAUUGUCACGAUGCAAGCCAACUUCUCGAGCUGCUUGGGUUUAGAUGUUAUUAAAUAUAUUUGUUUAUAGCUUGGUAGAACAGAGGACUUAAUUUGGAUGAGUUAAAUGCACAAGUUUUUAAAUUUACUUUAUUAAAUAGUGCAAGUAUUUUCGA